CACAACUGGUUCCAACACCGGCCCCUCCCCCCCGUAGAGCAGCAGCGAGGCAGCCGCAGUGGAUGACAGAAGGUGGAGUCGUAAAGGCCAAAGAUGUCUGGAAACUUGCGCAAUGAUAUCAACAUCAAGGAGCCACGCUGGGACCAGGGCACCUUCACCGGACGGGCAAAACAUUUCUUCACAGUCACGGAUCCCCGUAACGUGCUGCUGUCCAAUGAUACAUUGAAUGCAGCUUCCAACAUCAUAGAAAAUUACAAGUUGGGUGUUGUACCCCCAACCCUGACGGAAGAUGAGCUCUGGAACGCCAAAUAUGUCUACGACUCUGCCUUCCACCCUGACACCGGAGAAAAGAUGAUGCUGAUUGGCCGCAUGUCGGCACAAGUCCCCAUGAACAUGACCAUCACUGGCUGCAUGAUGACUUUUUAUAAAUCCACUCCAGCAGUGCUCUUCUGGCAAUGGAUUAAUCAGUCUUUUAAUGCAAUUGUCAACUAUACCAACCGUAGUGGAGAUGCGCCUCUUACAGUCAGCCAACUUGGUACAGCUUAUGUUUGUGCCACCUCUGGGGCUGUUAUCACAGCUUUGGGCCUCAACUCCCUCACCAAGAGAGUCAGCCCUCUCAUUGGGCGCUUUGUUCCUUUUGCGGCGGUGGCUGCUGCAAAUUGCAUCAAUAUACCCUUCAUGAGACAAAGGGAGCUGAAAUGUGGAAUCCCAGUGUUUGAUGAACAAGGAAAACGCCUGGGAGAAUCCACAAAUGCAGCCCAGCAGGCCAUCACCCAAGUGGUCGUUUCCAGAAUCGGAAUGGCAGCACCGGGCAUGGCCAUCCCACCAUUUAUUAUGAAUGCUUUGGAGAAGAGGGCAUUUAUGAAGAGAUACCCUUGGAUGAGUGCACCAAUACAAGUUGGUCUGGUGGGAAUUUGCUUGGUGUUUGCAACCCCGCUGUGCUGUGCACUUUUCCCCCAAAAAAGUUCUAUGAAUGUCACCAGAUUGGAGCCCGAGCUUCAGACCAAAAUUCGUGAGUCUGCUCCAGGGGUCAGCGUUGUUUACUUUAACAAGGGACUCUGAGCGACCUCACUGUGGUGUGACCUCCACGUUCUGCUUCUCUGACCAGCACAUCAUCUUUAUGGCACAAAAUGUUUAAUAGGAGAUAUGCACGAAUGUUAAGUUUGAAGUCAGAUGCAUAAAACAUUCAGGGAACUGGGGUCUUUUAUAAAGGAGAGGGUGCUCAUGUAAGAAACGAAAAAUGAAAUUGCUACAUUUUAACAUGGAGACGAAAUGAUUUAGGUUGUCUUCACAUGUAUCAUGGAUAUUAUACUUAUAUUAUCUGGUACACAAAAUACUAGAUGAAGAUUUCACUUUUCAUUAUGGUGAGAAUUAGAAUAGUUGGUUUGCUUUGUGGCAUGUGUUUCUCCCAAUGAUGUUUCCUAAGUGCUGUUUAUUGAAGUCUCUACGAAUACCCUCGAAUAUACUUACCCAAUUAAUGUAAUUUUAAAGUAUAUUCAUAUUUCUGCAAUGUUUGAAUGGGUAAAAUAGUAACUUGCCCUCAUUCUCCCUCUGAGAGAAUGCUGUAUUGAUUUCACAUGUACCGAACUCGUGCAUGUCCCCUAUUGUGCUCCAAGACUUGAUGACUCUUACGAUUAAAUGUCAGUAAUUGGAUAGUCUAUUUAGUAGAUUUUAUUGUAAAUGUUAUUGUAAAUUUGAUUUGAUCUAGUUUGUUUUAAAUGUAUUGAUCAGUGUUCGCCAAUAUGCACAAUAAACAUUUCAGUUUAAUCACACCUGAUGUCAUUUUAAAUUAAAAACGAUGUCUUGCUUUUGCACAUUCCAUGGCAAUUUCACUUUCUUACAUAAAUGCUAGAUCUAUCAUUUGUAAUGCGUAGCAUACCUAAUUAUGAUUAUUGCAUUCAUGUAAAUUGGAUUGAUUCACAAAGUUUAUAGUAAUGUAAUUGGACUCUAAUAAUCCAGCCUGAAUGAGAAUUGAUCGUGUCUAUACUGGAAAGAGCCAGAUUAGAAGAAGAAUAUCACAUCACUUAAAAAUUCCCAGUGUAUAAAAGGACAACUACCACAUGAUGGUACAAAAUCAAAUUUUUAGAGGCAUAGGCAGUACUGUAUGACUGUGUAUAUGCAUACAAAUGCAACUUGAUACCGAAAUUGGAAAUGGUGAAGUACGGUAUAAUGUUCAACUAAAACUUCCUCACUGUUUUGUAUUCACACUACUGGAGAGAUGAGCAAAGGUCAAUGUGGCAAAAUGUUAUAAUGAACACCAAGUUUAAACGAUCAAACAGGAACAUCUACAUUAUACGUGUAGAUUUUAUGAACAAUAUAUUUCUCUUGGAUUUAUGUAAUGCAUUUUCUGAACAUUUUUUGUUAUUUGUAAAACGGGCGUGCAUGUCCACAAGUCCAUAUGAAUUAGCAUUUUAAUUAUUUCUUCAGAAUGGACAUUUUUGCUCGAUGUUCAAGUGUACAAAACAUUUAUUCUAUGGUUAGAAAAUAGUUUACAUACUUGAAGAACUUCAUGUUAGAGUUUUAUUCCGUAAUGCAGAGUACUUUUAAUAUAUUUCCCAAUGGGUCCACAAUAAAGUUAACAGGUCGCAUGACAUGUCUCAUGGAUAGACGGUAUGAUGUCACCCCGUCGUAACAUCAUAACGUCUUUAUAUGUGACCACUAAUCUAUCUGUACCUAUUUUCUCUCGGUCUCUCUUCUUGUUUAUCUUGCGUUCAUAUCACCAAUAUUUAAUCCCGUCGACAGCUCUCACCCCAAGCUCUGGUUUAAUGCUCAAUUUUGCAAAUUUGUAUCUCUGUGUCUUGGUGGGCCACUCCAACAACCAUCGCAGCCAUAUCUGGCCCAUGUCUGCCCGUUGGAGAACCCAGACGUAAGCAUUUAUAUCGCAAAAGGGUACAUGUGGUGUUUCAAUAAAUCUGCACAUGUAGUACAGAUGAAAAUGCGUCAUUAAGUUACUUGUAUUGAUAUUUUACAGGUAUGUGCUGCCUCAUGCAAGAAUACUUAAGCCUCAUGCAAACUAAAUUGUAACUUUUAGUUGUAAUUAGGAGUCUUACCAACUUGAAAAUUGUGUUUAAAUCUCUGCAGUAAAGAUGCUUAUUUCCAAAACACUGAAAUAAAAAACCUCCGAAUUUUUCAGUAAAGCUGCUCACUUAGAUUGUAUGCUUUCUGACACUUAAACGGAGGCAUUCUUGUUGAAUUAUUGUUAAAGGAAAGAAAGCAUGGUAAUAAACAUUUGGUUAAUUUGGUAAUGGUAAAUCACCGUAUUGUCAGAAUGGUUUGAUAACAUUUCUAGUUGUUAAUUUGUUUUAACCAUUGCAGGAAACUGAAAAUGGUAAGUAUAGGUGUUGACAUGUAUGACAAUGUUAAUGUGCUGGCAUCAUUAUGGAAGUGUGUCGUCUGGCAAAUCCUGCAAGCGCAAGUGCUGUAAAGCUGUUGUAAGUGAAAUAAAGCCAUCAUAAGUCAA